UCCAACCUCAGCCAUCUGGCCCCCUCUCAAGCAGCAGGCUAGUUAGCAGCCAGUAGCGAGUCGCGGAGGCAGGCCGGCGGCAGCUCGCCGUUUUAGAUCUCCACUUCGCACUCGCAGGUGGCAGCAGCACCCACCCAAGUUGGAACAGGACAUCAACAUUGUCAAUUGGAGAGGUUUGGAGCUGCUUCGGCAUCCUCAGGAGAGCAAACCAGAAGCGCCUGGUUGGGCAGUUCUUGACGGAUAAAAACGUACUACGUUCAUCAUUUUGCGUGGAAUUAGUUGGGAGAUUUCAUGGCUAUGCUCCCAAUUGAUUCGUCCCAUCAUGGAAUUGUGGAAAAUAGCCCCUACAGAAUUACGAAGAGUGGGAAUGAGGAAGUUGGUAAACUUGGUGCUUCAUGGUAUUUCACUAGAAAGGAAAUAGAAGAGAAUUCUCCAUCCAAGAAGGAUGGCAUUGAUUUAAAGAAAGAGUCUUACCUUCGAAAAUCGUACUGUACGUAUCUGCAAGAUUUGGGGAUGCGGCUGAAAGUGCCUCAAGUGACGAUUGCUACAUCUAUUGUUUUCUGUCACCGUUUUUACCUUCGUCAAUCUCAUGCAAAAAAUGACAGACGAACAAUCGCUACUGUUUGCAUGUUCUUGGCUGGAAAAGUUGAAGAAACACCUAGGCCUUUGAAGGAUGUAAUCAUGGUUUCUUACGAGCUUAUUCAUAAAAAGGAUCCUGCUGCUGGUCAGAAAAUCAAGCAGAGGGAAGUAUAUGAUCGGCAAAAAGAACUUAUUUUACUUGGAGAGCGAGUUGUACUUGCAACACUUGGUUUUGACCUUAAUGUGCACCAUCCUUACAAGCCCCUGGUUGAAACAAUAAAGAAAUUCAAGAUUACUCAUAACGCGCUUCCUCAAGUUGCCUGGAAUUUUGUCAAUGAUGGGCUGCGUACAUCACUUUGCCUGCAAUUCAAGUCUCAUCAUAUUGCAGCAGGUGCUCUCUUUUUGGCUGGUAAGUUUCUCAAAGUGAAGUUUCUUCCAGAUGAUGGUGAGAAGGCUUGGUAUCAGGAAUUCGAUGUGACACCAAGACAGCUGGAAGAGGUUAGCAAUCAAAUGUUAGAGCUGUAUGAGCAAAACCGUGUAGUGCAGUCACAGCCAACACAUGGGAAUGAAGCUGAAGGGAGCUCUGCUAUUGUGCCUAAUCAAGGAAUCUCUGUAAAAGCUCAAGCGAAGUCCGAGGAACCUCCUGUUCUUGGGCAUCAUCAAGCAUCUAAACAGUCAGAUUCCAAUCAUUCUACCUCAACAGGUGUUCCAAUUCACAAUGGUGCCGAGGACUCAGAUCGAAACAAGCAAAUCAAUAGCCAGAGAAGUCUGCAAAAUGUCAGUGGUGACCAUGGAAUCGACAAAACAAGCUGUCAGAGUGGAGUUGGAGUUGGUGCUGGUAUAAACGACGGUAUGCAUGAUGACACAAAGUCCUUGCCAGGAAGUUCCAGAUCCAGUGACAAAUCUGAUAUUCCAAUGGAAGAGCAGAAGCCUUUUCUAUCGCAUGCUAGUUCAUGUGAAACCAGAGAUGGUAAUCUCAGUAGCGGUGAUGUUCCCAGUGUCUCAUCCUCCAUGAUGGAUGCCAUGAAUAAAAUUGACAAGGAUAAGGUCAAGGCAGCUCUGGAGAAGCAAAGAAGAUUGAAAGGUGAUGUUGCUAGGAAUGUAGAUGUGAUGGAUGAUGAAGAUCUACUAGAGAGUGAAUUAGAACGCGGUGUAGAAUUGACUGUUGAGGAUGAGAAGAUCAAGUCUGGUGAUGUUGCAGAAAAUGGGGACCAUGGGGAGCAGAAUGUGCCAGAGGCUGAGGUUCUGGUGGACGUUAAAGAAGAGUGUUCUCCAGCCAAGAGAAAUGAUGGUUUUGAGCAAGUCCCAGAACCCUCAUGAUGCACUGAAGCACAGCGAGGGCCAUGAUAAUGCUCAGCUUUUUGGUAGACAUGCAUAAAAUGCCUCAGCCAGUCGACCUGAAGGUUGAUGGGCUAGAAUUGGUGGAAUUCUUGGUAUAAAGAUAGGCACAUGUUACUGGGAUAGAUGCAGCUGCUCCGUUGACUGUUACUGGGACAUCCAGGUCUAAUGUUUGUACCCAGAUGUUUUUGUAACCAUGGAUCUCUACUGUUUUUUUUUUUUUUUUUUUUUUUUUUUUUUGCGGAAUCUCCUGCUGGCAAUAUCUCAUGUGCCAAUAACAUUAGAUCUUAAGUGCUGUAGCAAAGCUUCUAAUUCCAUUAGCAUAGAUUCUUCACGGCUGUAUUUUAGACAUCAUUGGAUCUGAUAAGCCUUAGAAUUGUACAUUUU